CUCCACCAGUCAUUCUGAGGUGAUGCAUCUGAAGGAUGACACUGUCAGGCAAAAGCUUUUCAUGGACGUUUUGGAAGGUACCAAAGCAGCACUGCUGAUGUCUCAGUCUGUGUUCUGUCUGCGUCUGGGCUCCAUGAUGGUCACACUGCUCCUCAUCCUACUCAAACAGUGGAAAAGUGUGUUGGUGUCUGCUCCAGCUCUACUGACGCCCUUGUCUUUGAUGAUGGAGAGCGUUCUGCACGCUGAACAACAGCUCAUGGACCGAACCAAAGCCAAACUCCUGUCAGCUCUCAUCUUAGCUCUACAUAUACAAGGACUCAACGGAGGAGAGAUUACCCAGCUUCCCCAGCUGCUGUUGUGCAUGUGUGAGAUGGUUCAGGACGAAGCCCUGGCGUUGAUUGACAGCACACGUCACAUGAUCCAGAGGGGUGACGUUCAGGAGGACAGCAUGGAGACAGACAGCCCGCAUUUCCAGAAAGACCAGCGAGACUCAGUGUGUGUGUUAGCUCUUCAUCUCUCUAAAGAGUUGUGUCGUGCCGAUGAGGAUGGUGAGCAGUGGCUGCAGGUGGUCCGGAAGCUGCCAGUUCUGCCGUCGGUUCUGAGCGCUCUAGAACUGAGUCUGCGCUCCAAACAGAACCUUUACUUCACCGAGGCAGCGCUUCAUCUGCUGCUCACACUCGCGAGAACACCGCAGGGGGCGGCAGCAGUGGCAGGUGCCGGAGUGAUCCAGAGCAUCUGUCUUCCUCUCCUCAGUGUGUAUGAGGGUCCAGCUAAUGGAGCCUCUCAGGCGUUUGUGCGUAAGUCUCAGGACGCUCCCAGCUGGCCUGGUGUGUACAGAUUGUGUUUGUCUCUGAUGGAAAGUCUGCUGAAAACUCUCCGUUACAACUUCAUUAAUGAGGCGCUCGACUUUGUGGGUGUGCACCAAGAGCGCAUCCUUCAGUGUCUGAAUGCGGUGAGGACGGUUCAGUCUCUGGCGUGUCUGGAUGAGGCCGAUCACACGGUGGGCUUCUUGCUCCAGCUCUCCAACUUCUGCAAGGAGUGGCAGUUCCACCUGCCGCAGCUGCUGAGAGACGUGCAGGUGAAUCUGUGCUAUCUGUGUCAGACGUGUACGUACCUCCUUCACAGCAAGAAGAUGCUGCACCAUUACCUGCAGGUUAAGAAUGGGGAGGGGCUUCCUCAGGGGCCACACCCCCAGCGUGCCGCUCAGCCCGCCUCUAAAGAGCAGGUGGAGGGCGAGAGAGAAGAGGCGGAGUCUAAAGCCCUGCAGGCGGUGCAGUGCAGCCUGUUAAAAAUCCUCAGUAAAACACUGGCCACGUUACAGCACUUCACGCCCGACUGCUGUCAGAUAUUACUGGACCAGUCUAUGGACCUUGCGGAGUACAGGACUCUGUUUGUGUUGAGUUUCACCACUCCUGCGUUUGACUCCGAUGUGGCGCCGUCGUUUGGCACUCUGAUGGCCACUAUUAAUGUGGCGCUGAGCAUGCUGGGAGAGAUUGAGAAGAAGAAAGAGCCGGUUGUCUCCUCUGAGGACACACAAGCACUAAAGUCUUUGCUGAUGUUCUCCAUGGAGAACUGCUUCUACGUGUUGAUCUCUCAGGCUGUCCGUUGUCUGAAGGAUCCUUCAGUUUUGCCCCGAGACAAACAGAGACUUAAACAGGAGCUCAGCUCAGAGCUGAGUACACUAUUGUCCACAUUAUUCCGGUUUUUCCGCCGAGGUUCCCCUUCCUCCCCAGCGAGCGGGCUGCUUCCCUCACCACAAACCAAACCACCCGCACCAGGAUCCAAGGGCACGCCGGAGGGCCAGGAGCCCUUCAUCCAGCUGGUCCAAGCCUUCGUCCGGCACGUCCAGCGCUGAUGCGCGUGGCGCCGCAAACCUUCUGCUCUGAGAAGAGGGCAGUACUUGAAAAAGCUGAUUCAGAGAUCUGAAUCACAGUGUAAGGGAAACUCGACAACAAUGAAUCAGUUUCAGGGUUUCAGGCUUCAUCGUCCUUCUGGUGCCAAAGUUCAUUGCGUGACCUGGACUGCACACACAGGGCCUUUUCUGUUUAAAACUGUUACCGUUUCUUGGGCUUCACACUUGGGCUUGACGGCAACUUUGAAAACUCUCAAAAUACAUUUAAAUGUUUUUGGUAGUUACAUGUACAGUAUAUCAUUUUGUCAUAGCCAUUUGUAUUAAAUCUUUUUAUUUCCCAGUUGUCAUAUACUUGUCUUAUAACCAUAAUAAACUAUAAUAAAGUAAA